UGAUGUUGCAUGUGGUUAUAUAUUCGUCUUUAACAGGAAAAGUUUUCUCGGACGAAAUUUAUUUAUCAAAACGGGAACAUCGAAAAAAAUAAGUGUGAAUAAUUUCCUUUCAUUAAUUACACACUCAGAUAUAUAUAUACAAUUAGUCAAACUGAGGAAAAGUUUCAAGGAUGUUUGAAAAAGUAAUAAUAAAUGUAGGUGGACAAACGUUUGUAACUAAAAGGAGCACUCUUCAACGGUACCCGGACACCAAGUUGGCGAACAUCUCUGAAACCUGCGAGCAUUUUGAUAAAACUACUGAAGUGUAUUACUUUGAUAGGAAUCCAUUGAUAUUCCAAUCGGUACUAGACUAUUAUCGAACUGGAAAACUUCAUUUUCUUUCUAACAUCUGCGUCGAGCAAAUCCGGGAUGAGCUUGAAUUUUGGGAAAUAUCAACCACUGAUCUAGGCCCAUGUUGUUGGAAAUAUUUCUAUACCGUUGAUAGUGACUUGAAAACCUGCGAUGUUAUUGACAAACAUUUUUUUCAAAGACAGUGUUUUCGGUACAGUUCGAAAAGCUAUCUUACAAAUGUGAAAAGCAAAAUAUUGAAUGUGCUAGAAAAUCCAAGGUCAUCAACAUUUGCAUUAGUAUGGCAGCUAUUUUACCUGAGUGUUGUGUGCCUAGCCAUUAUUGUGUCAGUAAUACAAUCGUUCGAACUUACCAGAGAAAACAAGAAGGAAAUUAAAAACGUGACGUCAGAAGAAGAUGCCAAAGAACGUCUUACUGAUCACGAUAAUUGGAUUGACGUUGUAACUCACGUAUGCAACGUCAUUUUCACAUUAGAAACGUCGUUACGUUUUGUAACAAGUCCAUGUAAAUUCGAUUUUUUCCGAAGUUUUUUAAACGUUGUGGAUAUUGUAUCCGUAGUCGGAUGUUUUGCACAUUUUAUAGUUGGUGCAUUUCCUGAUUCGAAUGACGCAUUAUUCACUUUUACGUAUGGUUUGGUCAUUUUACAGGGAUUCAGAUUUUUCCGUUUGGAGCGUUUCAUAGAAGGAUUACGAAUAAUGCUCCUGUCAAUAAAACAAAGUAUAAAGAUGCUUUGUUUGCUUAUCUUGAUUUUGCUUAUUUCAUCCAUUAUUUUUGGAAUCACUAUGCACAUUCUAGAAAUGAAUGGAGAUUUCACUGACCCAACUAGCAGUUUUUAUUGGGCAAUUAUCACCAUGACAACAAUCGGCUACGGGGAUGUUUACCCAAAAACAAAAUGUGGACAGAUUUUAGCUUCAGUGUGCGCAACCUUUGGCGUGUUCCUGUUGAGCAUGCCCAUAGCGGUGGUUGCCAAUACUUUCACUGAUUUACACAAAAGAUAUUGUGAACAUCAAUGUCAUUUUCAUCAACAGAAGACGAGAACCUUGUGUAAAAAUGACAAAACAGACUUGAUUCCGAUCAAGUACUGAAGCAGAAUAUUGAAAAUGUAUUUCAGAUUCAACUUCUUGCUUGUUUAAAUUUAGAAAUUGUUUUGUUGUUAUAUAAAAUUUAUAAAAUCAGCCAAAUAUCAA